CGUGUUGGAUAGGCCUCAGACCCUCUCCCCGCUGCGGCCUCGGCCUGGCGGGGCGGGGCGAGGCCCGGGACCUUCAUGGCGGCGCCAGGCCCCCCCGGGGCUGUGGCUAAGCGUGCUCAGGCCGGCUUAGGCUCGCCCACUUUUAGACAGCCGUCGAUUGCUGGCAUAUUCAGAGGAUGCUCACCUCGCCAUCCCACGGUGCGCGCGACCCGUGCAGUGUGCAGAGCAGUGGCCCUGGAGUCUUGAGAGCAAUUUGCAGACGUAGAACAGUAAAGCAUGGCUAAGAGCUUACGGAGUAAGUGGAAACGGAAGAUGCGUGCCGAGAAGAGAAAGAAGAAUGCCCCAAGGGAGCUCAACAGACUGAAAAGCAUCCUCAAAGUUGAUGGUGAUACUAUAAUGAAAGAUGUCGAAGAAAUCGCAACCGUGGUGGUACCCAAACAGCGCCAAGAGAAAAUGCAGUGUGCGGCGGAAGAAGAAGAAAAGGAUGACAUGAAAAUGGAGACUGAAAUUAAGAGAAACAAAAAGACUCUUCUAGACCAAAAUGGACAGUACCCAGUAUGGAUGAACCAGAGGCAGAGAAAAAGACUGAAGGCAAAGAGAGAGAAAAAACGGGGGAAAAGCAAAGCCAAGGCAGCCAAGGGCCUGGCCUGGUAGUCCCUUAAAAACUGGAAAGCAGGCUGGGCAGUGUUGGUGCACUGCACUUGGGAGGCAGAGGCAGGCAGAUCUUGAGCUGAGGCCAUCCUGGUCUACAAAGCAGAUACCAGGACAGCCAGGACUGUUAACACAGAGAAACCUGUCUUGAAAAACCACAAAACAAAACAGCAACAACAAAAAACUUGGAAAAUAUUCAUGGGAAAGAAGUUUGCUUGUUAGGAAUGUCUGCACUGAUUUCAGCUCUCACUAAAUGGAAACUGUUUGUUUUCAUAUGUUAGUUUGGUCUUACAUCUGUAAUUCAAAACCAGAGUAAUUCAUUUGUUUUGCGGGAACUUGAAUAAACUAUCUUCUGUGAUGAAAGAAAA